CACCAACGUCGACACAACAUGGCACCCAUUCGUCCUCACCGUAAGACAAGAAGCGGCUGCAAAACGUGUAAGCAGCGCAGGGUCAAGUGCGACGAAGGUCUUCCCAUAUGCCAGAACUGCACCAGGCGCGGGUUAGAAUGUGCCUGGAGUAAUACUGGUCCAUCAAUAGCGCUUAUGCGGGGCGAACUGUCAAGUUCGAACGACGGUUCCCUCUUAACAUGGGGUUCAACCAACCCGUUCAUCCUUGAAUUAAUGCACCACUACUCUACAUCUGCUUCCUUCUCACUCUCUUCCGAUCCCGACGCGUCUCGAGUCUGGAGCAUCAAUGUUCCCAAAAUGGCCUUUGACCCCCAGAACCACUGUCUCCUCCAUGCCAUUCUCGCGUUUUCCGCUCUACACAUCCACCACGCCGAUCCCACGUCCCCCCCUCGGUAUGCUGCGGCCGCCCACACUUUUUAUCAACAAGCGAAGAUCGACAUAGACUCGGGGAAAGAGGGGACUGCGGACAUAAACGCCGCCCUCAUCGCAUUGUCGCUCGUUGCGCGAUAUGAAUUCGCUGCAUCGGCCGGAGUACUCCCAUACACGGGCGACUUGGACUGGUACAUCACCAUCGGCGCCAUUAACCGUAACAUCGAAACGCAUCGGACAGAGCUGCAGGGUAAUGUUCUGCGUUCGCUGCUGGGUGCUAUGGCGCCGCCAUCUUCACCGACGAAUUUGGACGAACAAUUCCCAUUAUCGUUUUCGACGCUCCUGAGCACCGCUCCGGACGUUGAGGAGCUGCAUGACGCGUCGGUACGCGCCGCCUAUCAGGAUUCGAUACAUUUCCUGGAAAUGGCGUGGACGGCUUCGUUUAAUAAAUGCAUAGGGGUAUGGUGGCGUAUGAUGUCGCAUACGUUCUUUCAUCUGCUGGAGGAGCAGCGGCCCCGUGCGCUCAUCAUAUUGGCGCAUUACUGUGCUAUGAUGAAAUGCGUCACGCAGGAUGGGCCGUGGUGGGCGAAGAAGCAAUGGGGCAAUGAGGCUGCGCGGAUCGUCGCUAUGCUUGAUGCGCGGUGGGCUCCGUGGUUAGGAUGGCUCGAGACGCAGUUGGAUCAGGAGCGUAAUAGUAAGAUUUUUGAUUCUACAGGCUUGGAAUUUCUGGCCUGGCUCAGUGCAGGAGACGGAGACGUUGGUCAUUUCUAGUUUGCGACAUCCUGCGUCGAAAGAUAGCAAUCUUUGUAUAUACACAACCCGAACGUAUAUACCAUCACGUAACUGG